AUGCAGGACAAAUUGCACCACUACUCCCACCAUGACGAUGUCUUCUGUAGUAGAUUCCUCAAGAACAUCCUACUGGCCACAGAUGACAACCAUGUAGACGAUAUGGUUCUUAAAUUCUUCGCUUCAAAGGGCUGUGUGACACUUUUUGUUGUCCCGCGCCAAUAUGGGUUCCGAGAAGGGCCAUAUUUCUUUUCUUCUUGCGGAAUCUUCUGGGCGUGGAGACUCUUUCCAGACACCCAGGAAGCAUUCGUUACGAGCACUAUUCCUUCUCAACACAACUCUUUUAUAUACGAAUCACUUAACGCAUCGGCUCUGGGCUCCUCGAGUCUGUGUGUCGCCGUUCCAUCCCGAGUUUAUUUUAUCCCAUCGCCCGACCUCCCAUUAGCCGGACUCAGGAUUGCCGUCAAGGAUUUGUUUCAUUUACAGGGUGUGCACACCGGCUGUGGGAACCGUGCGUAUCGCCGUCUAUACGCGGCGUCCGAAUUCACAUCCACAGCCGUCAAAAAGGCAAUAGCUAAAGGUGCAAUUGUCGUUGGAAAGACUAAAACAGCUGAAUUUGGGGGCACUCAAGAAGUCGUCGGUGACUGGGCUGAUUAUUCUUAUGCAUUCAAUUGCUGGGCGGAGGGUUACUUAGCCUCAACUGGAAGUAGCACUGGCAGCGCGUCCGCUUUGGCCGCGUAUCCCUGGUUGGAUGUUGCACUUGGGACUGAUGGUGAGAUUAUCUUUCUGGUGCUGGUGGUAGCGUUUGAGAUCCGGCCGUUGCUCAUGGGAUUUAUGGUCUUCGGCCUUCCCAUGAUGGCUCUCGUGAGGAUAAUGCGAAUAUCCCUUGCGCCUUAUCUCGCGCGGAGCAGCGAAUUGAUGCUGCGCUUCGGAGAAGAGUGGUUGGCCAACACCUCUUCCGUCUCCAGGAGAACCAGACCGAAUACUAUCCUACUUCCAAUUGAAUACUUUGCGGAUCGUGGCGAUGUUCAACUACUUACGGAGGAGUGGCUGCGGACUUUUUCCCAGUGGCUUGAAGCGGAGAUAUCGCACAUUUCAAUCGAGGAACAAUGGACGAGCCAUGCACCAGUGGAACAAGCGUCGUCAUUUGAAAGGUUUUUCCGAGAGGUAAUGUAUAAGACUCCGUUUGUUGGAAUACCACUGAGACUUUUCUUCUGGAAACAGACGUUCAUGGAAGUUCUUUCAAACGAGUACUGGAAGGAUUACUGGAAGGAUGGUGAUGAAUUUCGCACUCGUCAUAUGCAAACGUUCAUGUCAUCUCCAUACAAGCUGGACUAUGGUGACGAAUAUUUACCGAAAGUCCAUAUGAUCUAG